CAGAGUUCUGAAGCAGCAGAGUGGAGUAACAUGGUAAUAAAGUCCUGGCGCCAAGCACCCAGUUGCUAAGUAACGGUAUUAAACAAGAGGAGCCUUGACUUUAGGUAAGCUAGAGAAAUGUUAUACAAAAGGGGCAUUACUGAUCUUUCCUCUUGACUUCGCCGCCACAUAGAGAGGAUUACCAGGGUGAGAGGCGUCGGGUUGAAUGGCCGGUUCACAGGAGCUAAAGCUGUUGGUGUGUUUCUAAAACUGAAGACAAUCUCAUUACUCGAUUAACAAAAACUCAGAAAAAAAGAAGAUAAAAUAUGUACCAUGCCCAAAGGGAAGGGAGCCAAAGGGACAAAGCUGACCCUCAAGAUAGCCAAAAAGGCAAUACGGAUGACCCCAGAUGGACGGCGCAGACUCACCCUUAGCAACAUGGGUAUAACCAUCUUCCCAAAGUGUCUCCUAAAACUCACCAACCUGGACGAGUUGGACCUCAGCCGAAACCUGAUACAGAAACUCCCAGAUAACAUUGGGAACUUCUCGUCACUGAGAUGGCUGGAUCUACACAGCAACAAGCUGGAGUCUGUGCCCGAGUCCAUCGGCAACCUGGUGGGACUGACCCACCUCAACCUCUCAAACAACCGCCUAAUCUCAGCAGGUUUACCCUCCACAUUGGGCUUGCUCAGCAGCCUGAAGACUCUCUAUCUGGGGAUGAACCAGCUGGACACCCUGCCUCCCACUAUGAUGGCUUUAGAUAGUCUCCAAGAGUUAGGUCUGUUUGAUAACCUCUUCAUCAAUCCACCAGAGUUUGUGAAAGUCCUAUGCAACCUCACGAAGGUGAACAUGAAACGGAAUCCUCUAUCGUAUGUUCAGGGGGGUGGUGAGGGGAGGCAGAAGAAAAAAUCUGAACCAGAGGAAAAUGUGUACUUGGUCCAUGAGAGCAGCCUGUGUAGGACAUGCCUUAAGAGGUGUAAAGAGCAAAGGACAGGGGUUCCUAAAGGAGGAGGAGGAGGAGGA